UCACUUUUCACCAGAUACCUGUUUAAGUGAGCAGGGUUAUGUUCCAGAACAGGUGACUAGAGCGUCAUGUCUCAAGGUCCAUCACUUUCUUUCAAUCAUGGAGAGGCUAGUCCUAGAACUCAACGACCCCGGCAAUCAGGCCGCUCCGGAGCGUAUUCAUGAUAUUCAGCGACAGAUCCAAAGACUACAACGUGAUCGGUCCGCCUGGCAAGGUGGUCUCGACCUUCUACAGCAUGAUGAAGCCCUUCUAAGGUUUUACGGUGCUCUGACUCUGACCAUCAAGAUCAACGCCGAUUGGGACAAUGAUGGGAUUGGCAAGAAUGAUCAGAUGAGGGAGCAGUUGCUUGGAACGUUGGUCAACCACUAUUCACGAUUGGUGACACUACCGGACUCAAACUUUGUCCUCCAGAAACUAUGCUCUACGCUUGUCACUUUCUUCGCGAAACCAGACUCAGGAUGGCAAAUGCCUAUACGACACGUCCUCGCGUGUCUUAUGAGCGGACAAUAUGUUCCGGAAACAGCUCUACCAGAUAUGCAACAAUUGCUUGAAGCUACGACGACAUGCUCGGAUGUUCAGCUGCGAGGUAUCCUCAUGCUUGUCCGGAUCAUGGCCGAGGACCUCACCAGUAACACUUCGAGCGCAGCCAUCGAAAGCAGCAUUGCUGAUCGCUUGGCUGCCAACUGUCUCGAUACCUGGCAGCUCCUCGAAUUCUCAUUGCAUCGCGUGAUCAAAGCUGAGCACAAGCCAGAUGGCUCCUUGAUGCUUUCUUUGGCUCCUGAAGACAUGUUCCAUGCUAUCCUUCAAGCGAUGCCAUUCUGGACUGGUUCAAUAAAACAUGGACGUUUACACAUGGCUAAAGAAGUCGUCGACAAAAUUGAGACAAUCGCUAAAGGAUGUAUCGCAGUCACGAUGAACCUCUUCGAUAGAGACUUUGCGGUAGGAGAUGUCCUUCAAUUGCUCUUAUCGCUCCAGCAGGUAUCUCCAGGACUUCUUAGAGAAUCUGCACAGAACUACCCCGCAAGCAUAGCAGACUCACAUGCGGCGAAGAUCAUUGUCGAUGGUUUAGUCCGUGGCGACUUUAGCCCCAAUGGGAUCCUCUACGUGGAUCUUCUCGAAUCUAUCAUGAGUCAGGUGGAUACCAGCACACGAGUCUAUCUUGAUUCUCGUCGCUACCAUGAGAUCAUUCAAACUCUUCGAAGAUUACUACGAUGCGAUGGUAUUGCUGUGAUCGAAGAUCCCGUCUGCCAGAUUGCACUUGAAAAGGUGACUGAUAUCGUGGAAGGCUCCACAGACUGGGAACAAGACCAAGUCGAGGACUUCAUUUACGAGGUGGCCGCGGAUGCAUGUGAUGCAUGUCUUAUAAAAGUCAAGAUCCCUGAAGACCAGAUGUCAAAUGGCACGUCAGACUGGGAUGCUGAUGAUAGAGCCAAAUUCCAAGACUUCCGUUACGAUGUCCAUGACUUUUUUCAGUCAGCUUUCACAGUGCUUGGGACAGGAGUUGUUCAGGGAAUCGUGAAAACCAUCAUCUCCCAAGGAACGACGCCCGACUGGAGCACAUUCGAGGCUGCGAUGUUUUGUCUCACGGCAUAUUCUGAUACCAUGGCCUCGGAACCAGAAGUCUAUGACGAGCUCAUCACAACAGUUUUGGGCAGCCAUCCUUGGGGUUAUGUAUUGACUGCCGGAAGUACUGUUCCAGAUAGAGCCCGGCAGACUUGCAUCAGAUUCAUUGCUGACAGCGUCGUAUACUUACAACGACACUCCGAAAGCAUGACUUUGGUGCUUAACUUUCUCUUUUCAUCACUUCAUCUACAAGCAUCAGCGUCGGCUGCCUCAAAGGCGAUUUACAGCCUCUGUGAUUCCCACAGAAGGGCCUUAAUGCAGGCCCUUCCACAGUUCAUGGCAUCCCUGAUGGCUGCUGAUGACCUUGGUGCUACCGAAGAGCACCGUUUAUACGCUGCAGUUGCCGCCAUUGUCCAGGCACUGCCAAGCGAAGAGCAUAAAAUUGAACCUUUGAGGAGGCUGUUGUCAUCCAUUCGGAGUCUCAACGAAGUGCUAACCGGUGCUACAGAAGAUGAGGACGAGCUUCUGAGGCUCUGCAUUGAUGCAGUGCAGACUCUUGCGUCGAUUGGAAAAGGUCUUCGUUCGCCGCACGACGUCCCUAUUGAUCUUGAGCCUUCAGCAGACGAACAAGCGGCGUUCUGGCACACUGGGCCCGGAGCGGAUCUGCAACUGAACGUGCUCGACACCUUCAAGGCUAUAAUACACAAGGCACCCAAUCAAGCCGACGUUUCCUUCAUAGAAGCAUGCUGUGAUUUCAUCAGAUCUGGGUUCACGGAGCAAAAUCCAUCGCCAUUUAAGUUUCCUGAUCUGGUGGCGCUGGAUAUCGUUGUGCCUUGGAUCACCAUCUCGAACCCGAGUAUCGACAUGUCGAUGGCAUGUGCCUCGAGCUUUCUAGCUUCAGCGGAGUCUAGAAAUAUUCAAAGCUGUGUUCGAGGGGUCUUGCACCAAGUUGCGACAAAUCAGGAGUUACUACUCUCCACACAUCGACGUGUUUACGCUAAUCAGUAUAACGAGCCACUCCCCAGUACACCCUUCAGUUCGGCAUCUCUCGACUUCCUUGCUCGCACACUAUUGAAGUUUGGCUCAACAUGGUUCGCGAGCCCAGACUCGCUCCAGACAGGAACGGUCGCGAUUGAGCUGGCUUUGCUGGUGAUGGCCGAAUCAGACACUCUCCCGCGUCGGUCUGCCUCUUCCUUCUUUGCGACAUUGGUCGACUGUUCCGGUCGAGGCGGACCACUCGAUACAGCAGCAUGCCAAACAAUUAGUGAUUUGUUGCAGACUUUCGGGUCAAGCAUUCUUUCGAUGAUUGUUCGUCUGCUCGGUGGAGAAUGCGCUCGUUCGGAAAUCGAAAGCCUGACCGACGCGCUCAAGAAGUUUAUUCAGAGGCAGCCUAUGUUGAGUAAAUUGGUGCUCCGGGAAGCGGUCAAGCAAGAAGCUGGUGUGAUGAGUGAGAAGGCACUCCAGACCACAACCAUCGAACAACGAAACAGAUUUGUAGCCCAAGUCGAAGGACUUAGGGGAGGAAGAAAGACGAACGACGUUGUCAAAGAGUUCUGGAUAUCAUGCAAAGGGAGCGGGUUUGGGUACAUCGCCUAGUGGCUCAUGCCAGCUUGUGACGCUGUGUAAUCCAUUGGGAGGACACGCUUGGAUAGGCUCGAGUGCUCUGUUUCUUCCCAAAGAUCAUCGACCCAAUUAUAAAAAAAAAUGAGAUGAUCAAACUCCGCCAAAACAUAGAUAACAAUAAGACCCCCCCUACUUGUAUGAAGAUCUUGGUGGCUUGAGAUGAUAUGCCAGAAUCCUUGCCCCGUGGGGG